AUGUGCGGGAACUCCCUGGGGCUGCAGCCUGCAAAGACCAAGCAGUACGUGAACGAAGAAUUGGACCGAUGGGCAAAGCUGGGGGUUCGGGGACAUUUCGAAGGGGAAGGGCGACAUUGGGCGAAGAUUGAUGACCUUCUGCAGUCACCCAUGGCCCGUGUGGUUGGAGCUCAGGACAAGGAAAUCGCCGUCAUGAACGGCCUCACUGCUAACAUCCACUUGAUGUUCGUCCCCUUCUACAGACCCACCAAGGAGCGCUACAAAGUCAUCAUGGAAGCGCAGGCGUUCCCUUCGGAUCGCUACAUCGUUGAGUCUCAGGUGCGCUUCCAUGGGUUCGAUCCCCAGGAGGCCAUAGUGCUCGUGAGGCCGCGGGAAGGGGAGCAUACACUGAGGACUAGUGACAUCCUAGACGCGAUAGGAAGAGAGGGGGCCCGGACUUGCAUGGUUUUCUUUCCUGGGGUGCAGUACUAUACUGGGCAGCUGUUUGACAUGAAGACCAUCACAGAGAAAGGCCACGAACAGGGCUGCGUGGUUGGCUUCGACCUCGCCCACGCUGUUGGCAAUGUCGAGCUUCAUCUCCAUGAAUGGGAAGUGGAUUUUGCGUGCUGGUGUACCUACAAGUACCUCAACGCUGGGCCUGGAUCGAUUGCCGGAACUUUUGUUCAUGAAAAGCAUGGAUCGAACUCGACACUUCCAAGGUUUGCUGGUUGGUGGGGCCACGAUGACUCGACGAGAUUUGAUAUGACCAAGCCGUUCAAGGCUGAAGAGGGGGCUCGAGGCUUCCAACUGUCGAAUCCUCCCAUCCUUCAGUGUGUUUCUUUGAUUGCAAGCCUCGAGAUCUUUAGCAAGUGUGGAAUGAAAGCACUGAGGUCCAAGUCUGAGAUCAUGACUGGAUACCUCCUCAUGUUGUUCAAGCAGAGGCUGCAAGGCCAUGUAACCUCCAUCACCCCCGAGAAUCCGCAAGAGCGGGGAUGUCAACUCUCGAUCAUCUUCGACAAGCCUGUUUGCGACAUGCGGGAACCAGACGUGAUCCGGUUAGCUCCGUGCCCACUCUACAACACCUUUCAUGAGGUUUACAAGGUUGUCGACAUGCUUGUCAAGCUUAACGCGAUGACUCAAGAGGAACUUGCUGCUCUCAUGAGUCCAAGUAGCUAG